UCUCAAGUUGAGCCUCAGUGAUCCUGUGGCCGAAGUUAGCACCUUGACAUGGGACAACAGGACAGGUCGCCAGGAGAGAACUGAGGCACCUUCUAGCAGUUGUGACGCCAAAAUCACGUCUCUGGAGACCCGCGCCCACCACCAGCCAGGCGCACCCUCGCCGUUAGCCUUCUCUGUGAGCCGUCCGGACUCCCAGCUCCCGGCCUGGCAGCCGAGCCCCAGCACAAAGCAGUCGGACCGCGCCGCCUGCCUCCCCGCUCGCGCCCCCGCCUCGGUUUCCCAACUCUGCGCCGUCGGGCCACGGCAGGAUGAUUGCCUUGCAUUUGCUUGCCUACUUCUUCACGGAGCUCAACCAUGACCAAGUGCAGAAGGUUGACCACUAUCUCUACCACAUGCGCCUCUCUGAUGAGACCCUCUUGGAGAUCUCUAAGCGGUUCCGCAAGGAGAUAGAGAAAGGGCUUGGAGCCACCACUCGCCCCACUGCAGCAGUGAAGAUGCUGCCCACCUUUGUGAGGUCCACUCCAGAUGGGACAGAACACGGAGAGUUCCUGGCUCUGGACCUUGGAGGGACCAAUUUCCAUGUGCUUUGGGUGAAAGUAACGGACAAUGGGCUCCAGAAGGUGGAGAUGGAGAACAAGAUCUAUGCCAUCCCCGAGGACAUCAUGCGAGGCAGUGACACCCAGCUGUUUGACCACAUUGCCGAAUGCCUGGAUAACUUCAUGGAUAAGCUACAAAUCAAAGACAAGAAGCUGCCAUUGGGUUUUACCUUCUCGUUCCCCUGCCACCAGACUAAACUAGAUGAGAGGGACUUUGAUAUCGACAUUGUGGCUGUGGUGAAUGACACAGUUGGGACCAUGACGACCUGUGGUUAUGAUGACCACAACUGUGAGAUUGGUUUCAUUGUGGGCACGGACAGCAACGCCUGCUACAUGGAAGAGACGCACCAAAUCGACAUUGUGGAAGGUAACGAGGGGCAGAUGUGUAUUGAUAUGGAGUGGGGGGCCUUCGGGGACGAUGGCUCGCUCAAUGACAUUCUCACUGAGUUUGACCAGGAGAUUGACAUGGGCUCACUGAACCUGGGGAAGCAACUGUUUGAGAAGAUGAUCAGUGGGAUGUACAUGGGGGAGCUGGUGAGGUUUAUCCUGGUGAAGAUGGCCAAGGAGGAACUGCUCUUUGGGGGGAAGCUCAGCCCAGAGCUUCUCAACACUGGUCGCUUUGAGACCAAAGACAUCUCAGACAUUGAAGGGGAGAAGGAUGGCAUCCGGAAGGCCCAUGAGGUCCUGAUGCGGUUGGGCAUGGACCCGACUCAGGAGGACUGUGUGACCACUCACCGGAUCUGCCAGAUCGUGUCCACACACUCUGCCAGCCUGUGCACAGCCACCCUGGCAGCCGUGCUGCAGCACAUCAAGGAGAACAAAGGCGAGGAGCAGCUGCACCCUACUAUUGGGGUCGACGGCUCCAUCUACAAGAAACACCCCCAUUUUGCCAAGCAUCUACAUAAGACCGUGUGGCGGCUGGUGCCCGACUGCUAUGUCCGCUUCCUCCGCUCCGAGGAUGGCAGUGGCAAAGAUGCAGCCAUGGUGACAGCAGUGGCUUACCGGCUGGCCGAUCAACACCGUGCCCGCCAGAAGACACUAGAGCCUCUGCAGCUGAACCAUGACCAGCUGUUGGAGGUCAAAAGGAGGAUGAAGGUAGAAAUGGAGCGAGGUCUGAGCAAGGAGACUCACGCCAGUGCCCCCGGCAAGAUGCUGCCCACCUACAUGUGUGCCACCCCUGAUGGCACAGAGAAAGGGGACUUCUUGGCCUUGGACCUUGGAGGAACAAAUUUCUGGGUCCUGCUGGUCUGUGUUCGGAAUGGGAAGUGGGGUGGAGUGGAGAUGCACAACAAGAUCUACGCCAUCGCGCAGGAGGUCAUGCAUGGCACCGGGGACGAGCUCUUUGACCACAUUGUCCAGUGCAUCGUGGACUUCCUCGAGUAUGUGGGCAUGAAGGGCGUGUCCCUGCCUCUGGGUUUUAUCUUCUCCUUCCCCUGCCAGCAGAACAGCCUGGACGAGAGCAUCCUCCUCAAGUGGACAAAAGGCUUCAAGGAAUCUUGCUGUGAGGGCGAGGAUGUGGUGACCCUGCUGAAGGAAGUGAUCCAUCGUCGAGAGGAGUUUGACCUGGAUGUGAUUGCUGUGGUGAAAGACACAGUGAGAACUAUGAUGACCUAUGGCUUUGAAGACACUCACUGUGAAGUUGGCCUCAUCGUUGGCACGGGCAGCAACCCCUGCUACGUGGAAGAGAUGCACAACGUGGAACUGGUGGAAGGAGAAGAGGGGCGGAUGUGUGUGAACAUGGAAUGGGGGGCCUUUGGGGACAAUGGAUGCCUAGAUGACUUCUGCACAGAAUUUGAUGUGGCUGUGGAUGAGCUUUCACUCAACCCUAGCAAGCAGAUGUUCGAGAAAAUGAUCAGUGGAAUGUACCUGGGUGAGAUUGUCCAUAACAUUCUCAUCGAUUUCACCAAGCGUGGGCUGCUCUUCCGAGGCCACAUCUCAGAGCGACUCAAGACAAGGGGCAUCUUUGAAACCAAGUUCUUGUCUCAGAUUGAGAGUGACUGCCUGGCCCUGCUGCAAGUCCGAGCCAUUCUGCAACACUUAGGGCUUGAGAGCACCUGUGACGACAGUUUCAUUGUUAAGGAGGUAUGCACCGUGGUGGCCCGGCGGGCAGCCCAGCUCUGUGGCGCAGGCAUGGCCGCUGUGGUGGACAAGAUACGAGAAAACCGUGGGCUGGAUGCUCUCAAAGUGACAGUGGGGGUGGAUGGGACCCUCUACAAGCUACAUCCUCACUUUGCCAAAGUCAUGCAUGAGACAGUGAAGGACCUGGCUCCGAAAUGUGAUGCGUCUUUCCUGCAGUCAGAGGAUGGCAGCGGGAAGGGGGCGGAGCUCAUCACUGCUGUGGCCUGCCGCAUCCGUGAGGCUGGACAGCGAUAGAACCCCAGAAAUCGGAAGGGACUUCCUCUUUCUCUCCCUCUUCCCUGUUUCAAAUUACAAGAUGUCAUCCCUUUGUGUCAGAGAGAGACCCCUUGGCUUUUCCUUGGCAGAGAGGACCCCACUGCACUGGGUUUUGUCUCUGCAUCUCAUGGUAGAGCUUGGUGGCCGAGCUUGGCCCUAUUAAGAUAAAUACAGUUCCAAAUAAGGAUUUGUUCACGUGUCACAACCAUUCCCAUUGGUUCUCUUAAAACGUGAAAAUUGUCACCCUCAGUAAUCACCCUUGCCAAAUUCCAUGUCCCUGUAUAAUUCUACAGGAUGGGGACACUAAUGAAGAUAUGGUUGCUUCACCUUGGAGCCUGAACAUGACAUUUCUAGCUGGGGUGCAUUCCCCAGCACUGACGUUGUUACUGAUUCUCCUGUCAGAGAUCUGAGAGGUCUCCACUGAGGAUGCGAGCCUGAUUGUCCUACAGACAGACGUGGGGAGGGUGGAGGGGCGACAGUGGAGGGAAAUCCAUGGAUAUCCACGCAGCAGCCCCUCUUUUACCUCAUCUACAAGAAUUUGCCCUGUGGAUUCCAGCAUUUGCUAUUCCUGGAAUCAAGGAAUCCCAAGUCUGGGCAAUGAAACCAAAGCCAGGAGUUGACGCAUCCUGCAGUCGGGCCAGCCUUCGCACCUCAGCGGGGUGCACAUGUUAUCCACGAACAAUGGACCUUUGGGGAA